GGUUCAACAUGUUGAUUAUAAUAUGUCCUACGUGGACUGGCUGAUUUGGCGCUAACACAAAUCGCCCUCCACGCAAUUAUAUAACCUACUAGGCUUCCAUUCCAUUCCAUCACUCGAUCGACACAUCCACUCGAUCGCUCUCUCACUCACGUCACGGCUCACGGGUCGCCGUCGAUCGAUAUGGCUCGGUGCUGCAGCGGCAUGACGAGUCCGACGUCGUCGUCGGUGCCGCCGGCGCUGCUCGUGGCGGCGACGCUGCUGCUGCUGCUGGCGGGCGGCUGCCACGUGCACGGCGCGCCGCUGAAGGCGCACUUCUACCGGCGCAGCUGCCCGGCGGCGGAGGCGGUGGUGCGCGACAUCGUGCUGGCCAGCGUCGCCGCCGACCCCGCCGCGCUGCCCGCCAAGCUGCUCCGCCUCUUCUUCCACGACUGCUUCGUCAGAGGGUGCGACGCGUCGGUGCUGAUCGACUCGACGCCGGGCAGCGGCAGCGCGGCGGCGGAGAAGGACGCGGCGCCGAACGCGUCGCUGGGCGGGUUCGACGUGAUCGACACCGCCAAGGCCGUGCUGGAGGCCGUGUGCCCCGGCACCGUCUCCUGCGCCGACAUCGUCGCGCUCGCCGCCCGGGACGCCGUCUCCUUCCAAUUCGGGCGGGACCUGUGGGACGUGCAGCUGGGGCGGCGCGACGGCGUGGUGUCGCGGGCGUCGGAGGCGAGGGCGAGCAUCCCCUCGCCGUCGGGCAACUUCACCGCCCUCGAGGCCAACUUCGCCGCCAAGGGCCUCGAUGUCAAGGACCUCGUCAUCCUCUCCGGAGCGCACACGAUCGGCGUCGCCCACUGCAACACCUUCGCGGCGCGCCUCUCCGGCGGCUCCGGCCCCAACUCCGCCGCCAGCGCCGACCCGGCGCUGAACGCGGCGUACGCUGCGGAGCUCCGGGCGCGGUGCGGCCCGGCGGCGGCGUCCAACAACGCCACCGCGGUGCCCAUGGACCCCGGGAGCCCCGCCCGGUUCGACGCGCACUACUUCGUCAACCUCAAGCUCGGGCGGGGCCUCUUCGCCUCCGACGCCGCGCUGCUCGCCGACCGCCGCGCGGCGGGGAUGAUCCACGGCCUCACCAGGCAGGAACACUUCCUCCGCGAGUUCGGGAACGCCGUCCGCAAGAUGGGGCGCGUCGGCGUGCUCACCGGCGAGCACGGGGAGAUCCGCCGGCACUGCAGGGCCGUCAACAGCCGCUGAUGGGCAUUGGUUGGACACGACCCGGCGGCCGCCGGCCGGCCGGGCUCUCGUUCGUUCUUGGAAGCUGCUGGAUGUGUUACGUACUUCGCUUCGAUUUUUGUUUGGUUGCAGGAGAUUUUAAAUAUAAUACGUGUAAUUUAUUUGGGGUGCGAUUAAGUAGUUUUUUUUCUAUCGAAGUCGUAAUUUAUUUGGAGUAUAUCAUAUAUGUGGUGCCCAUUGUGGAAGCACUUUUGGCGCCGUGGUGGAGUUGAGAAGGGCAAUAAAAACUAUAUUAAUUAACCCAAUUCACUUGCAUGA